CAAAAUUAGGGAACUGGCGAUUAGUAUUGCAGCAAUGUUGCCUUACAUCCCCCUCCUGGUGUCGAUGUCCCUCCUGGCCACAGCCCAGAGUAGUGGUAAUGUUAAUAUUACCGAAAUCUUUGGUCCGGCCUUAUCAGAACGAGCAAAAAUCUAUUCUGUUAACGAUUCUAACUGGAGCACCGAAACGAAACAACGUUGGUCGACCUGGGAUGCGCCUUCUUAUAUUGGAGCCGUCAAGCCGGUGACAGAACAAGACGUGGCAGCGACGGUAAAACUUGCGUCGCGAUACAAUAUUGCCUUUCUCGCCACCGGCGGCGGUCAUGGCGCAUCCCAGAAUUUUGCCAAUGUGACGAAUGCAAUUAGUAUUGAUCUUUCUAAUUUCAAUACAAUCGACGUCGACGCGGAAAAUAACCGUAUCACGAUUGGUGGUGGAGUGACGUAUGGGGAGCUAUAUGAGCCCUUAUCCAGUAUCGGAAAGGAAAUCCCAACUGGAAAUGCACGAUGCGUUGGAGUCGUGGGGGCAACUAUUGGUGCAGGCGUCGGCUUACUUCAGGGGAUCCAUGGAUAUACUUCCGAUGCCCUCCUUCAGGUGACGAUCGUGACAGCUGCCGGUAUUCCCUUUAAUGCCUCCACGACCGAGAAUUCAGAUCUUUUCUGGGCUAUCCGAGGUGCUGGCGCAAACUUUGGCAUAAUUACGUCCGCAACGUAUGAAAUAUACAACGCUACAAACGGUGGAUAUGCACAAAAUGCAUUCUUAUCGUACCCACCAUCAGCGAAUGGAUCGAUAUGGAAUAUAUUGGAGUCGUUUGACGAGACACUUCCUCCAGAAUUGUCAAUCACAAUUGGGGUAUCGUAUAAUCAGACGAUUCAAGAGCCUUCUAUCGGAGUGAAUCUAGUAUUCUGGGGUUCACAAGAAGAGUUUGCGCAAUACAUAAAUCAAUUUAUUGCUCUAAAUCCUACUACAUGGACGAAUGAAACUCUCCCUUGGGACGGUUUGACUGACGCCGCGGGCAGAGGAACCGCGUGCGAGACAAACUUGCAUAUCAACCCUUAUACUAUUGCGCUGAACCAAACCAACGCACGAGUAUUUGAAGGAUUUUUCACAGAUUUCAUUACCUUUUCGCAGGAAAAUCCAACCUAUGCGGGUGACUUUGCCAUUGAGCGGUAUAGCUCGCAGGGUCCAAUGUCUGCUCCCCCUGAGCGACGAGGAGUUUAUCCAUGGCGUGAAACCAAGAUGAAUAUUGUUUUUGAGAAUCUCUAUCCAACUAAUUCUACUUUAGACACCAUCACGGAUGGCUUUUUUACCCAGCAACGCCAGCAUUUCGAUGAAUUUAGCGGCUUUCCUACAUUUGCAACAUAUGUAAACUAUGCUCAUGGCGAUGAAGGUCCCAAUGUUUGGUAUGGUGAGAAUAAUCUCGAACGCUUGAGUUCGUUGAAGCGGAAAUGGGAUUCAAAUAAUCUCUUUGGAGUAGCGAAGCCCGUGCCGCUUAAUUAAUGGUACAUGUACUUGCUAAAUGGGAGAGGAAAACAAAAAACAUAUUUCACUACUUCAUACGUGCGAAAUGUCAGUCAUAUGUCAAUGGAAUUACUAUAUUCUAUUGAAAGCACAAAUCGUGUCCAUUCUUUUUAACUUUGAAGAGC